CAGACGACUCUUCUGACAGCCAGUGAGCAGUUUGGCAGUUAUUUUGGUCCCUACACACACAGUAGGUGGCUGGACCCAAACAAACCUAUUAGAAAACAGCUCAAAAGGCCAUCUCCACAUAAUCUGAGGUUUAGAGUGAAGUUUUUUGUAUGCGACCCUAGUAAACUACAAGAAGAGUACACAAGGUAUCUGUACUUUUUGCAACUGAAGCAGGAUAUUCUGAGCGGCAGACUUCCUUGCCCACAAAAUACUGCAGUUCUUCUGGCUUCUUAUGCUGUUCAGGCUGAGCUGGGGGACCACAGUCACUCCGAACAUUUGCCUGGGUACCUCUCCGAGUACAGCUUCAUCCCCAACCCACCACAGGACUUUGAGAAAGAGGUCGCCAAACUUCACCAAGAGCACAAUGGACUCACACCAGCUCAGUCCGAGUUUAACUACUUGAAUGCUGCACGGACGCUGGAGCUGUAUGGUGUGGAAUUGCACUAUGCUCGGGACCACUGUAACACAGAGAUUUACGUCGGAGUUUUGUCUGCCGGCAUCUCCGUCUAUAAGGACAGGGUACGAGUCAACCACUUUCCAUGGUUGAAAAUUGUAAAAAUAUCUUUUAAAUCUAAACAGUUUUUUAUACAACUAAGAAAAGAACUGGCUGAGAACAGAGAAUCUUUAUUGGGUUUCAACAUGAUGAGCUACAGAGCUUGUAAGAACUUAUGGAAGGCCUGCGUGGAGCAUCACACGUUCUUCAGACUGGAGCGGCCCGUUCCUCCGGAGAGAAACCUCUUCCUGCAGUACUUCACCCUCGGAUCCAAGUUUCGCUACUGUGGGAGGACAGAAGCACAGUCUGUACAGUACGGAAAGGAAAGAGGCAACAAGAACAGAGUUUUUGCAAGGUCGCCGAGCAAGCCUCUGGUCAGAAGACUGAUGAGCGGUUUGGACUGGGAGACCGUCAGCAGGAAUUCCCUCUCGGACGACCGGCUAGAGACUCAGAGUCUGCCGAACCGUUCCCCACCAGACUCGCCCGAUCACAGUAACUCAGUGUUCACCACAGACGGGGCGCGGGUCAGGCCUUCCUCCAUUGGCCACCUAGUUGAUCACGUGAUCGAUGACUCGCCAUGCCAGACGUUCAGCAAUCACAAGUCAGCAUCCUCCACACAGGCCAACAGCAUCAGCCUGGACUCGACACCGUCUCCUGAUGUGACGACAGACGAGCAGCCGCCGGCUCUGCCCCCAAAACAGUCCAGAAGAGACCCUCUGACCCACAACGGCAGAUCCCAGUCUCAGCAUGAGCUGGACGAGCACCUCAGCGAGCUAUACAACGUACCUGCGGCGUCAGGAAAGAGCAUGAAUGGAGCCGUGCCUCAUGAUAAUCUUGUUCUGAUUAAAAUGAGGCCCGAUGAAAACGGACGAUUUGGAUUUAACGUUAAGGGUGGCGCCGAUCAGAGGAUGCCCAUCAUAGUGUCCCGUGUGGCUCCAGGAACUCCGGCUGAUAUGUGUAUGCCGCGCCUCAACGAGGGCGACCAGGUGGUGCUGAUUAACGGCCGUGAUAUCUCAGAGCACACUCAUGAUGACGUGGUUAUGCUAAUUAAGGCCAGCUGUGAGGACCAAUCAGGAGAGCUCAUCCUGCUCGUCAGGCCCAAUGCCAUCUAUGAUGUGGACGAGGAGCAGGAGAAGCUGGAUCUGGAGCCAGAUUUCCAGUAUAUUCCGGAGAUGUCUGGUCUGGAGCUGAGCCACUCAGAGGCUGAUAGUUUGAGAUCCUCAAUACAGCUGCUGAGAGAUGGGCUGGCCAGCGGGACUGUGGCUGCACAGUUUGACCAACUGUACAGGAAACGUCCUGGGAUGUUCAUGUCAUGCGCCAGAUUGCCACAAAACGUCUCCAAAAACCGCUAUCGGGACAUUUCUCCAUAUGACACCACUCGAGUCGUGUUGAAGGGGACUGACGAUUAUAUCAAUGCAAAUUUCAUUAAUAUGGAAAUCCCAGGUAAAGGUGAAGUAAAGCGGUAUAUCGCCUGCCAAGGGCCUCUUCCUGGGACCUGCUCUGACUUCUGGCAGAUGGUGUGGGAACAGAGCGCCGCCCUUGUGGUCAUGCUCACCACACAAGUUGAACGGGGCAGGGUGAAAUGUCAUCAAUACUGGCCAAACGUUUCGGCAAGUGGCACCUAUGGAGGCUUUCAAGUUACAUGUGUGUCAGAGGAAGGGAACUCUGCAUACCUGCUCAGAGAUUUGACUCUUACUCACUUGGAGAGUAAAGAAGAAAGGCAGAUUUGUCAGAUGCAGUACUUGGCAUGGCCUGAUCACGGCGUUCCAGACGAUUCGUCAGACUUCUUGAACUUUGUCAGUCAAGUACGCAGCAAAAGAGCGGAGGCGCCAGAACCUGUAGUGGUUCAUUGCAGCGCUGGGAUUGGUCGCACCGGGGUGCUUAUCACCAUGGAGACAGCGAUGUGUUUGAUAGAAAACGGUCAGUCGGUGUAUCCUUUAGACAUCGUCAGAACCAUGAGAGACCAGCGUGCCAUGAUGAUCCAGACCCCUAGCCAGUACCGUUUUGUCUGUGAAGCGAUUCUGAAAGUUUACGAUGAGGAGAUCGUAAAGCCGUGCAAGACUGAGCCUCCGGACGAAAAGGAAGAAUAAACAACCGUCCUUCAAUUUUUCUGAGGAUCUUUCUGUGAUUUACAACUACUGCCAGUGAGAUCUGCGCUCAGCCCGCUAUCGCCCCCUGCUGGAAGGCGGUGACCCACUAGAAUACAGACGAAAAAGCACUAUUGCACUUUUCAGCGACAAACAAUGACUUAAGGGGAUUUUUUUUUUGUUUAAAAAAAAAAGUAUCAGGUUACUGAUGAGUUAGGUACUGUUAAUAAUGGUCAUUAUUUGGGUUAGAGAAAGAAAUGUGCUUUUGAUUUUGUGCCAAAAGCUGAAAUGAGCCACAGUCCAUGUCAGAAUUAACUCUCGCAACUAACGACAGCACAUUUUGUGUUUUAUUUGUUUUGGGGGAUUUUUAACAGUUAACUUGAAAGCAACAGGUGCUUGGCCCAUUCUCUUCCCUUUUCCCGCCUGGGACCUUAAUUGUUUUAAUGUUUAUGUAAAAAAACACGUUAACAUACUUUUUUUUCUUUUUUUUAUCGUCAAACAAAAAUGCUUUUAACAAUACACAUUUCAUUUGUUUUAACCCUGGCGCUUUAAAGAUAGUCUUUCGUAAAGUACUUAGAUUUUUGUAAAGUACUUUCGUUACUUGAUAAAGUUUCCAUGUAGUGUUACAGUUCUCUCUAAACUAAGCUAAAUUAACAGGCCACCAGCUGAGUUGACAAAGUGGGCCAUGGUGACGAUGUUUCUUGCUGCCAAAUUUCACAGCAGUUUGCCUCUAAAACUAAUUGGUGUGUCGCUCUGGCUAAUCGCUAUUUAUUGCAAGGCUCUGUGUAGUACGUAACGGCUGACGUUUGUAUUGUUAAAAAUGCAUCAGGCAGCUGUUCUUCUUUCAGAUCCAUGUUUGCCGGAUCUUUGAAGCAUUUUAUUUAGAAAAUAAAGCUGUGAAUUUCACAAUAGCUUCGCUGGCGGAAACUGGAUACUUGAUAAGUAUGGACGCAAAUGAAAUGUUUAAUGUACGAUUUAGUCUAGCGUCCUCUCUGGUUAGUGUAACAUAUCACAUAUUAACAAUUACCAAUUAUCUUCCAUGUUUACGAUCAAAUUUUCAAAACUUCUACUGUAAGAAACUGACUACCUUCAGAUUUUAGUUCAUCUUGUAUGGAUAGUUUUGUACUUUUCAUUGAGAAAAUGUAUCUGCUCCACUCCUUGAAGAUACCGGUUUAUAUUUCUGCUUAUGAUUGGUUAUGCUUAUCCAUAUCUCCUCUUAUAAACUAGUCACCUGUUAGCAAAUACCUGCAAUAUACUGGUUGGUGGUCAUAGUUCAUUUAGUUCUUGCUAUGACUGUAGAGAUGAUGGCAUUUACAGAACUUAUUGGCCACGUUAAUGUUUUAUUCACCACAAGUGCAAAAUUUUACGAUCAAGAUCCUGAAGAGAAAAGAUACGUAAGAAUUAUGGAGCGAAAUGUUUUAAUUUGACACUCCUGACCAUCGUAAUUGUUUGCAAAUGGCCUUUAUGAACAUUUCCCCCAUUCAAUGUUUUGCAGUGCCAUUGCACAAACGAUUUGGCAUUAAGGACCAAUCACGCCCACCGUUUUGAAUGUGAGCCGAUUUUGCUUCAGUGUACGUCGUUAUAGCGCCGCAGCUAGAAAUUUACUCCCGACGUUGCGUCGGAAGUGGUGGUAUUUUUGUAUUUAACAAAAAACGAAUGAAAGAAAGGACAGCACUUUGCAACUGACUGUGGUAGUCAGCUGUGCUACUGUAGAAUUUAUACUGUAAUCGUGUGAUGGGGAAAAAUAUGCUGUUUAAUUAUUUAUGUUGAACAUUUUGUCAAAUACGGACACCUGUGUGGGUGGAGGGGGGGGGGGCUCUUAACUACAUAGUGUCAUAUGUGAAAUACUUGUAAAUACAAUGUUAUAUAUUAAAAGUGUUCUCAAAAG